AUGCUUGUGAAAGAAUAUCGUGUGAUCAAUAACUGCACAGAGUCAGAAUAUCAAGUCGCUCAAUUAUACGCGACGGCUAUGGCUUCCAAGGAACAAACCGGAGGAGGAGAAGGUGUUGAAGUUUUGAAAAACGAACCUUACGAGAAAGAAAACGGAGAAAAAGGUCAAUACACAUACAAGAUCUUCCGUUUAGCAUCUCGUGUGCCAUCUUUUGUUCGCGCCAUUGCCCCUGCGGGAUCGCUCGAUCUUUAUGAGGAGGCAUGGAACGCUUACCCGUAUUGCAAAACUGUCUUAAAGAAUGGUUGGAUGAAAGACAACUUUUCCAUUGUUUACGAAACUCUGCAUGUCGAUGGUUCUCGCGGUGAACGGGACAAUGCGCUGAACAUUUCCGAUGCAGAUCUUAAGAAGCGUGAAGUGGUGAUCAUUGAUGUCGCUAAUGAUAAGAUUGAUCCCAAGGAAUACAAAGCUGAUGAAGAUCCUAAACUCUUCCACUCUGAAAAGACGGGCCGUGGUCCCCUUACGGAUCCUGAGUGGCAAAAGAAGUGCGAACCUGUCAUGACUUGUUACAAGCUCGUAUACAUCGAGUUCAAAUGGUUCGGUAUCCAAGGCAAGGUCGAAUCCUUCAUUGCCAAAACCAUCCACAAUCUCUUCAUCAAAUUCCAUAGACAACUCUUCUGCUGGACUGAUAAGUGGUAUGGCAUGUCCAUUCAAGAUAUCCGUGAAUUAGAAGAACAGAUCAAGAAGGAUCUGGAUGUCAAGAGAACCGAAGGCGCACCUGUUACAGAUGGAGCAGCUCAAUGA